CCGGUGACUAUUCUUGCCUUUUUCACGGCAUGGGCCAUAUUCAAGUUGAUCUUCAAGCUAGUUUUGUAUCCACAAUUCUUCACACCUUUGGAGCACAUACCAACACCAAAUAAUCGGAAUUGGUUGACUGGCAAUUCGAAUUCUUAUUCAAUCGAAGUGCCUUAUGCAAUGAUCGAAAGGUGGAUCAAGAGCAUGCCCGAUGCAAGCAUGAUUCGUUACUAUAUUGUUGGGAACUCUGAAUGGGUCCUUCCCACCAGUCCAGAAGCAAUAUAUGAAAUGCUCGUCAAAAGGGCUUACGACUUCGAAAAACCUGAAUUGGUUCGGCAUGUUAUGCAACACCUCGUUGGUGAUGGAAUUGUCCAGCGUAAAUCGCUUAACCUGGCGUUCUCGCCCCGUCAUAUUGAAAACCUACAUGCCAUGUUCUGGUCCAAGAGUCUGGAUAUGGUCAGUUUGAUAGAAAAAGAUUUUGCGACAAGAACAAAUGGAGACAACACCAUUAAAAUAAGUGACUGGUCUAGUCGUGUGACACUCGACAUCAUUGGCCAGGCAGGCAUGGGUGUUGAGUUUGACUCUUUGGAAAACCCUCAAAGUACGCUCUACCAAGCCUACCGGAAGCUAAUGACACCAUCAAAGAGUGAAAAACUGCUUUCUGUGUUUUGUAUUUUGUUCCUACAGCCCAAGCUCAUCUACCGAAUCCCCACAAGGCGUAACCGCGAAAUUAAGGCAUCCCAGCAGACAAUACGCGAUGCUGCUCGAAGGGUGAUUCAGCAGCGGAUGGCUGAAAAGGAAACAGUCGAAACAAAGAUCGAUAUUGUAUCAUUGGCCCUUAGCAGCAAGGCAUUUACCGAAGAGGGACUUGUUGACCAAGCAAUGGCCUUUCUUUCGGCUGGGCAUGAAACAACAGCAGCAGCUCUGCAGUGGUCAGUUUAUGCUCUUUGCAAGUAUCCAGACGUCCAAAUGAGGCUUCGCGAAGAAGUCCGCGCCCAUCUACCUGUCUCUUCAAUGGAAGAGCCUAAUCUCCCUCUGACUGCGAUCAAAAACCUCCCUUUUCUGAAUGCAUUCUGCGACGAGGUCCUUCGCUACUACCCUCCGGUUCCAAAGACUGUUCGCAGGGCUGUUCGUGAUACAUUAAUUGCUGGUCAUUUUAUUCCCAAGGGUACCAUGUUCGUCCUUGCCCCACAGGUCAUCAAUCAUAUGGAGGAAUUAUGGGGGCCCAACGCUAAAGCCUUCGAUCCGAACCGUUUUAUAAGCCCAACAGGGGCGUAUCAGCGUCCAAAGUCCAACAACUAUGCCUUUUUGACCUUUCUACAUGGACCUCGAAGCUGUAUAGCGCAGGACUUCGCCAAAGCAGAGCUUUGCUUUUUGAUCUCUUCACUUGUCAGGCGUUUUCAUAUGGAGCUGCAGUACCCCAACGCCAAGCUACUGGUUCAGGAGGACGUUACUGUAAGGCCGAGCGAUGGCGUAUUGGCCAAGUUUACCACUUUGGAGGGACUUUAA